UAGCAUAUGCUAGCAGUUGAUGAGCACCGAACAAUCAGUUCUGCGUCUUUUAUUCCAUCUUUGCAGUGGGUAGAAAGUCAUCGCUGUUCCAUUUACCUUGUGCAAUUACCUCAAAUGUAUUGAGAAAACUCCGAAGAUUAAUCAGAUUCUGUUGAAGGAUCACGAUGGCAACGAGUAGACAAAGCAUAUGUGCGCUUACACUGAUGUUGUUUUUCGGUUGCUUGAUACCAUUGAUGAACGUUUCAAUUUGUAAAUGUAUCUAAUCAGCUGAUUACCUUUCUGCGUUCUUCACCAGAAUAUAUGAUGCAGGUUCGGGUUGGGAUGUAAGUUUGGCCGGAUCGUUGCGCCCUGAUUCACACUUCGAGAUGGUUUUGAAUGUUCAUGAUGACCACUUGGUACUCGGUUUAAUUUCUUCCUUACAGGUUUUGCUGCCGGUAUUAAAAUGUGUUGAACACAUCAUGUCGAGAGUUCGUUUUUUUUGUAAAAUAUGAUUCCCCCGUAUCUUUACUUCAAAAAUUCUAGCACAUGGAAGUCGUGUAUGUCCGCACCCAUUCGAGCACCAAAUCUAACAAGAAGGUGUAAAGUGCUUUAUGCUCCCCUUAAUGAAGCCGAUGCCGUCGUGGCGGCCGAGGAACUGAAGUGCGCGUUUCUCUGGACAAGACCCCCUCAAGGAUGUCACCUGCGCGCUCGAGACGCUGGCUUAGUGGGCUUUUCUCCAUGCUUGAUGCUUCUUUUGAUGAAGCUAUAGCUUGAUAGAUAUCAGUCACCUUAUCCUGAAGUGGGCUACACUGAAAUUACACAUUGAUUGAGAUUCGAGCUCAUACGCUUGCGCGACAUCAAUUUUUAUUCCAAAUAGAGUGUUACCUCUACAUCAUUUUUCAACGACACGAUACAACUUUCAGAGCUGUGGAUUUACUUGAAUAAGUAAAAAGUGAUAAGGU